UGCUUUCAUGCAUCAAAACAUGCCCCGCGUGACCAAAAGACUCACCCGAGUGCCCGUCGUUAGUCAGCGUCCAUGAGCCCGCUUGGGCCACGUCGAAGCCCAGCAGGUGUAGAGGUCCCAGGGAGUGGUUGGUGGUCACCGCCUGCUCCAAAUUGAUGGGGGAGUGAAGUUCUUCAAGUAGAGGGUGACACGAAGGGAACGCUUCACCCCACGCGUAAGGAUCUGAACUCGAACCCAAACACAAUCAACACUCUGAAGAUGUGCGGCGUAUGCAUGGCUCAAGGAGGCUCACCCAGAUCUUCAGCCCAGGAAGCAUGGAUGGUCACCAGGAGAGCAGCAGCAGCCACAAUCAUCAUAGGAGAGCCUGGUCCUGAUCCAAACAGGUUGCACUGCUAUGACGCCGAGCCAACAAAGUAGCAAACGCCAUCCAAGUCUACGCAUCCCCCGGGGAAACGCAACUCACUUUAGGUGAGUGCGCUGUGCUAGUUUCUCCCGCGUGUUGACGUCCGGGUACUGGUUCUGCAGGAAGAGCUCCUCCAGCGCGUCCAGCUGCUCCUCCGUGAAGAUGGUGCGGUGUCGCCUGGUCCUCCUCUGCGCCUCAACAGGAGGAGGCGUUACCUUCAUGGUGGACGAGGUCUCCACAGCGCGAGCAGAGGCAGCAGCAGCAACACGAACACGCCUGAUGGACACAAGACGUCUCUUCCUUGAGUGCAAAGUCCUGCCUCACCAGCGCGUCCAUGUCGUCCGCCUCCCUCGUCCCACUGGAGCAGCUGGCAGGUGUGUGAGUAAACAUCUGCACCAUAAUCCCCUCUCGGACACACCGCCACUUAAUUCAACGCUAAUCUGGGCAGUUUUGUGCGCAGUGGACGAGUGUAAGAGGAAAUGGAAGAACUUGAGAGACCGCUACUUAAAAGAAGUCCGCCUGGAGAUCCGCAACAAGAAGCAAGGGGAGCCGAGCCAAAGCAAAUGGAGGUACAGACAACGCAUGAACUUCAUCGCUCCGUUUACCGGAUCCAACAGUGGAGUGGCGGAAGUGUGCGAUGACGACGACGACGACAAUGGCGAGCACGAAGGUGAAACGACGCCCUCAGAGAAGGCCAGGACGCCACCCAUCGCUAAAAGCACCGGGGGUCAAGCUGACACCAAGUCUCUGGCGGUGCUCAUCAGGAGUCUCUCCUCUCCUGACACCCGCACGGCCAACAUGCCUCCUCAGAUGGGCAAAAGCAGGCGAAAACGGCAGCCGGUACAGAACCUUCCCUUAAGCGAGGCGUCGCCGCCAAAAUGGGCGGCGAAAGAAAGCGGCCUGUCGCUUCCCAGCAGGCCUCGGGACGAGGACGAACUGUUCCUGUUGAGCUUCGUCCCUGCGCUCAAGAGACUGGCUCCUCAGAGGAGAUGCGAGACCAAGAUGAAGAUCCAGCAGAUCAUGUACGAGGCGGAGUUCAACAUGGAACAGGUGGAGCGGCGAGAGAAGAAGCAUCUCGACUGAGGCUCCUUGGAAUCUUCCAUCCCAUCCAUUUUCUACCGCUUAUCCCUUUCGGGGUGGCGGGGGGUGCUGGAGCCUAACUCAGCUCGCAUUCGGGCGGUAUUGAAAGUCCUGAUGUUGGAAUUUUAACAGCUUGUUUUUAGUAAUCCCUACUGGGCUUUGUAGCUUUAUUAUUUAUGAGCUGCAACUUUUGUGCACUUUGUCUACUCACACAUUGUAACUCUGCACUUGUCCGACAUAUUGCAUUUGCCUUAUACUCUGGUUCAUUUUUAAAGCACAAACAUAGUCGUGGUUUAAGCCUGGGAGCAUCAUUUGCACAAUAAAGAACAUUCUUUAGAAACACAUUGGACUUUGAAACAAACUGUCAAAUAUGGCAGAUUAAAGCAUUGUUUCAAAACAAAACUGACAAGAGUUAAUAUUUGUAAAUGACAAAAAUUAAAAGGUAUUAUAUUUAUAAAAAAUGAUUAAUUUGAGUUUAAGCGUCAUAGCUCAAAUAGGAUGCAACGCAACUUUAUCAGCUUUUAUAAAUGAAAAUGUCUUUGUGGGCAACUGGUUCUUGUUUAAAUUUCAUUAAAAAACUCAAUGCAUGCAUCUUUAAUGAUUAUAAAUCAAAGGCUUCUUUCUUUACUGAUAACAGAAAAGUGGCUUAUGGCUCAUCUAAAAGACUAAAAUGAUAAUUGAACCAUUUCAAAAUGGGCCUAUAUCAAACAACCUUAAUCAUUUACACCAAAUAAUC